GGAAUGCAGCACCAUGCAUUCAUUAGAAAUACCCUUCUUGAUGAGCUACAAAGUAUUCUUCACGAGUAUCCAGAUAAUGAACAAAUCAUCAAGGAGCUGUUACAAAAUGCAGAAGAUGCUGGUGCCCGUGUUGUCAAAAUGGGAUUCUGUCCCUACUCCAGAUCAGAUCACCUACCCGAUCCGUACAGACAGUAUCUAUCUGGACCUGCUCUUUGUUUUUACAAUGACUCAGUCUUUGAAGAGAAGGAUUGGGAGGGAAUCACAAUGGUCAGGAAGAGCAACAAACAAGACGAUCCACUUAAAGUUGGGAAAUUUGGGAUUGGAUUUAAGUCCGUGUUUCACAUAACAGAUACAGUUUGUGUCAUCAGUGGAACCAAAAUUUUGUUCAUUGACCCUUUGUCUGAGCUUCGGGAUCCUAACAAAGUUUGCAGUAUUGCUCCAAUAGCAAAUUAUGUGCAUCCAAAUGUGUGCGGACCAAGGGGUUUGGAGCCAUUGUAUAACCUGUUUGACAUAAAUAAAGAAACUUCCAGAAAUGGAAAGUUCAAAGGGACUUUUUUCUGGUUUCCCCUUAGAAAAUCACCAUCACAAUUGUCAGAGAAUACAUACUCACCUGAAAAAGUGGAAGAUCUGUUCAAGUCUUUUAAAGAAGAGAUGAGCUCUGAACUGCUGUUUUUAACCUCAAUUGAAAAAAUCGGAAUAUACAAAAUUGAAAAUGAUAGAUGUGAAUCUGAGUGUACCAUUGCUUUAGAUCAAAGCUGUGCAGAGAAAACAAGAAAUGAAAGACAGAUCUACAAGGCAAAAAUCAGAGAUAUUGAGGUAAAUAUGGCUCAGGAUGACAGACGGAUCAGUCAAUGUAACCCAGUAUGGAUGAAAAAUAUGGUUACAUAUAGGAUUAAGAUGAAUAAACUAGAGAUACUUCAGGUAUGGUUCAUUGUCCACUAUUUUCAUGCAGGAAGAAUGAAUAAAGAGCUUUUCAAUCUUAUCAGAAAUCGGCGGUCUAAAUACAGGCCAUAUAUCGGAAUUGCAGCCAGGCUUGAUGAACCUAUUCAGUGCAGUCAGUUAUUUUGCCUCCUGCCUCUCCCUUUUGAGGAUGAAAGUCCGACAGGAUUGCCUGUUCACGUAAAUGGAUUCUUUGCUCUUGACAGUAACAGACAGCAUCUUAAAUGGCCAUCCCAUGAUCAGAAAAUAAGCCAUUCACACUUAGAAAAUGACAUGCUUUGGAAUGUACUAAUGGUACAAGAAGUUUUACCUGUGGUUUACUUAGAAUUUUUGACGUCAUGGAAAGAUGAUUCGUUUGCAUCUGAGUUGACUAGAAAGUACUUGAAAAUGUUUUAUCAUCACAUCCCAAGAAUGACAAUGAUCAAGAAUCAUUGGACAUGUGUUGGCGAAAAAAUGCACCAGCACCUACUCGAGUCCGAAAUUCCUUGCCUUGAGAGUGGAAAAUGGAUUCAGACUAAGGAAGCAUAUUUUGCUGUCUUUGCAGAGAACACCCAGGAAGAUGAGAGGAAAACUGUGAAAAAACUUUUUCAGAAAUGUACAAAUAAAGUCAUUGUUUUAAAAGGACAUGAGGAGCUCUUUCAUCACUGGUCAGGUUCUGAUACCAACUUUGUUUUGAAAUGUACCAAUCCCAAAGAAACCAGGGAUCUUCUUAGAAGAGACCAAACAUACAAACAGCUAAGUGCCAAUAGUAAAGGACAUCUUCUUGUCUACAUAUGUAGCGAUAGAAAACUUGCAGAUUUAAAUGAAAUAGAGUUAUUACCACUGCAAAAUGGGAGGUACGGAACUUUGCAACUGAGAAGGAGGGGGCCUCAAAAUACUGUUUACUUAUGCAAAGAGGAUGAACUGCAGAUUCUGACUGGUAAAGAGAGUGUUCUGAUUUUGAAUACAAAUGCCACCUCUGAAGUUGGAAAAGUUUUAGAGUCUCUUGCAUCAACAGGAUACUACUCAUUCCAAAAAUUGAAUGUCAACGCCUUUUUAAACUUUUUGACGGAAGUUACUCAACAACAAAUGGAAAAAAUUAGAGAUCCCGUGUUUUUGAUGGACAGCAGCGCUGUUUUUGGAGAAUAUUGGCUAAGGAAAGUUUGGCUAUAUCUAAAACAUAAAUGUCCAACAUCUUUGGACCCUGUUAAAGAACUUAAUAUAAUCAAAACAAAAGAAUCAGGGGUACUGAAAAAAUUAUCUGAUGCAUUUAUCAGCGAAGCUGAUACAAAUGGGUCUCACAUAGAAAUUUUGAAAAAAUUCAAAAUUUGGAUAGUUGAUAUGAAUUUUCAUGACCAUCCAUUGCUUGCACCAGGAAAGGGAAUUGUUGUAGAAAAUACAGAUGACGGGAAGGCAAAGAUUUUACAACGUUGCAUACAGUAUGGUGUAAGCCCAUUUAACACCUUCUGCUCAGAUGCUGAUAGGGAGUGGUUCAAAGAAUUCCUACCUGUAACCCUUCCAAAAUCAUUAAUCCCCGCUUUAGAAAAUUUAAGGUUAUUCAAAUGUUUUUCUGGAGUCGAGAAAUCAAGUCAAAUUGGUUACACAUCUGUUAAGGAGUGCCAUGAUGUUUUUGUUGGAGACGAGGACUUUCCAAUUCAGUUUCCAAAGAGUAUGAUUAUGACAUCGACAAAAAAAGAAGAACGACUUCUAUCAGAACUUUCCUAUGAAAAAGUGGAUCUCACAAUUUGUGUCCAAACAUGCAUUGAAAAAAUAACAACUGGUAGUCUUCCACUGAGUGAGGAAAAUAAACGUAGGUUUUGCUUUUAUGUAUUAGAAAAGCAAUCGAUCCUGAGAAACUGGUGGAAAAUUCAAACAGAUUUGAGUUCAGUAAGGUUUAUCAAAAAUGGUACGAGAAAACUUCACUCUGCAAAUGAACUUUAUGAUCCAAAUGACCAGCUUUUACCAGAGCUUUUCCUUUCAGAAAACAAAUUCCCAGAUGAGGACGGAAAGAAGAUGGACUUGCUAAGGCAUUUAAAGUUUCAGAGUAGAAACAGUUCAGCGUACAAAAGCGAUAUUGUGCAAACAUGCCAACUAUUUGAUUCGACUAUUCAUGAGCAUUCCAUUAAAGAAAAAAAGUCAAAAGCCUUAUUGCAAGCUUUUCGACAAAACCAAAAACUUUUCAAGUCGGUUUACAACACAAUUCACGGUUUCAAAAUAUUGCCCUUUAAGCAAGACAGGGACAGAAACUACCCCUUAUCAAUGGCGUGGUAUUCAAAUUCAGAAAAAUUUGUCUCCUUAGAAAUGAUUUUCUGUUCAAAAUUCGAGUACAUUGCUGGAUCAGUUCUACCCACAUGUAUUCAAGAAUGGGAGGAACUUAUUGAUACUGAUAAAGCACCUCAGUUGAAUCACGUCAUGCAGCACUUUUGCCUGGCUAUGGAAUGUUACAAUGAGGAUGAGCAUGCGGGAUACAGUUAUCUCAUGAGAGAAGUUUAUCAACAUUUAGCUAAAAGAAAUUUGAGAGAUUUUGCCUCAUCAAUUCCGCAGAAAUGCGUUUUGACAGAAUUAGGAUUUAGAAAGGCAACGGACAUUUACAUACAACGCAACAAAACGGAUGUCGAUUUAGCGCCAUAUUACAUUCUACUACCAAAGGAAUACAGUCCACUAAAAGAAUUUUUUGAGAGGCUAGGUUGCAGUAAAAAACAGUCUUGUUAUCUUCUUGUUGAAGCACUGAAAAAAAUAGAUGGAAGGCAAUUGGAGGCAGAAGACAGUAGUGAUGUCAGCGAGGACAUGGAAAAAGUGAAGAAAAUUUUGAAGAAAUUAUCAGAAUAUGCAGAAGAUGAAUUAGCUGAAAUAAGAGAAGAAAUCCUGGUACCUAUCCACAGUAAAGACACAAGUGCACUUAUGUUUCGACCCUCACACGAAUGUGCAUACUCUGAUUCAGAUUGGUUCAGCAAGACAUUCACAGAAGAAGAUAACAUUUGUCUAAUUCAUUCAAAGAUUGACAAGGAGAUUGCAAAGAAACUUGGCGUGAAGUCGUUAAAAAAAUUUACACUAUCAGAUGCAGAAGAAAUUUUCUCGGAAUUCGGGCAGUCAGAACCAUUAACCCAACGCUUGAAUCGUCUUUUAGAAGAAGGGUACACAGAUGGAUUAUCUGUUCCAAAAGAGCUGAUUCAAAAUGCUGACGAUGCCGGAGCAUCUGAAGUGUAUUUCCUUUAUGAUGAAAGAGAAAAUAAGGAUGCGAGAAGUUGUCUUAUAGACCCUGGAAUGGAAGGAUGUCAAGGACCAGCACUGUGGGCUUUCAACAAUGCAGUUUUCUCUCCAAGUGAUUUUCAGAAUAUUCAAAAACUUAGUGGCGCGACAAAAAAAGAGGACACUACAAAGAUCGGGAAGUUUGGCUUAGGUUUCAAUGCAGUUUACAAUUUAACAGAUGUUCCAAGCUUUGCAAGUGGAAAGCACUUGGUGUAUUUAGAUCCACAUGGAAAAUAUCUAGGAGAAGCCAUUAUUCAUGAGAAAAGUCCAGGGAUCAAGCUUAACCUUUUGAAUACAACCAUGCUUCGUAAACUUGAAAAUCAGUUUAAACCCUUUCAAAAUGUGUUUGGAUUUAAAUCGUCAGAGUUUUCAGAAAAGAAAGGGUAUAAUGGAACGAUAUUCAGAUUCCCUCUGCGUACAAAACAUCAAGCUCUUGAUAGUGGAAUAAGUAGUAAAGAAUACUCUCGGCAUGAAAUGGACAAACUACUGAAAAUGUUUUGCAAAUCAAGCGGGAACAUGCUCCUAUUCACUCAGAAUGUAAAAAAAAUUAAACUCUUUCAUGUUGGAGAAAGAAGUACAAAUCCUGAUAAAGAUAUGGAGCUGGUACUUGCUGUCGAAAAGGAGGAAAACUUUGGAAAUUCAGUGACACUCAACAAUGAAAAUAUACUAUGUGCAGCUUCAAGACAGUGUAGCAGAUUGGAUAAGUCCGAACACUUUUCAUCAGUAUGUAAAACAAAGAUAACAAUUGCUUCUUGGGGUCAUUCAUGGGUUGAAAAUUUGACAUCCAAAGAAGAAACCAACUGGAUAAUUUCUUGGGCACUUGGAAGAAAACAGUCUUUAAAACUCUUUCGAGAGAAAAGAAGUGACGGAGCACUUCCAUUAUCCAGCGUUGCAAUUCCAGGGGAUGUACUGAAUAAACAAUUUUCGCCUCGCUUUCUAUGUGCAAGAUCAUCUGCUUUCAAAAGGUAUGGAUUCUAUGAGACAGGCCAUCUGUUUUGUUUUUUGCCAUUGCCAAUAAAGACUUCAUUGGCUUUCCAUGUUAACGGAACAUUUGCAAUAUCAUCUGAUCGCCAGCGGAUACUGGUAAGAACAGAGGAUGACAAAGAAAAUACAAAACAAACGGUGUGGAAUAACUGUCUGAUAUCAGAUGCAACAUUGGAGGCACUUCUUGAACUUCUCAUUGUUUUGAAGAAUACCGUAACAGAAGAAAAUACAUUUUAUGAAUUAUGGCCUAAGAAGGGUGAGGACUGCUUCUGGGAGACAUUUCAACAAGAAUUUUAUAGAUGUAUUGUAGAGCGUGAAUUACCAAUUUUCAAAACGCAUCUUGGAUACAGGAAAUUUCAGGACUGUAUCUUUUUGCACAUUGAUGUGAAAGCUGACAAUCGAUUGCAUCAGAUUGCUCUCGACAUUUUGAAGAAAACUCACUUAGAAGGAAGAGUCAUUACAGAGAUACCUGAUGAUGUCUAUAGUGAAUUGGAAAAUUGUCUGGGUACUUUAUUUUUGGAACAUGUGGUGACAUAUGAGAGGUUCAUCACAGAAAGCUUUUUACCGAGUAUAUCUCUUUUUAAUGGGGAAGAAUAUGAUCACAUUGUCUUGGGUGCAUUGAGAUCAAGAAAUAAUGUAAUUCUUUCAGCGUUGCAAAAAAGCGAAUGUAUCACAACUUCUCCAAGUGGUACAAAGAAAUCACCAGGAAGCUUAGUCCAUCCACGGUCCCUUGUGUCAAGAAUAUUCAUCACAGAGGAUGAACGAUUUCCUGCAGAAUUAUUCUGCAAAGAGGAUGACUUAGAAAUACUUGUUAGAAUUGGAAUGAUGAAGGAUUACGUACCUUUUGAACUUUUGCAUUCACAAACAAAAGCUAUUGCCAACAUGUCAGAAUAUUGCACACAGUGUGCAUUGCUCAGAUCUAAAGAAAUUGUUAGUUAUAUACACAGGACGUUUCAAACCUUUUCCAAGGAAAAUUUAGACAAAAUAUCCUGCUUAGCUUUUCUACCAGUGGGGAAAAAACCAAUAAAUUGGCCUGUGAAAUGGCACAGUGAAAUUGACAAGAAACGUAACGAAGUAAUGAAAUGCAAAACGCACAAAGAAGUUUUUUGUAGCAUUGAAUUAUUUGAAAAACCAUAUAAUUUGUAUUUUCCUUCCAUGCAAAAAUUGGUUGGGUGUUCACAAGCAGUGAUAGGUAGAUACGAUUUGUAUCAAUAUUAUGAGAGCGAGCUACAAUCUCUCGGUGUCAAAAACGAAAAAGAUGUAGAUUUGGAAACCCUUAAACUUCAACUUGCUGAAAUAACAAAGGUUCGAGAAGGUGCUCAAAAUAAAGAAGUUGAAGAUAUUUGCUUUGAAAUUUACAGGAUUUUUUCAAAGCGAAUAUCAGAACCAGGAGUUGAAGAAUUUAUUCAAAUGCAUUUUCCAUAUUUGCCUUGUGUCAUAACAGAAAAGACAUUUGCAUAUCCAAAACAAGUAAUCUUUUCCUUGAUGUAUGAUUGUAGUCCUCAUUUUUUUGGUUUAAGACCGAAAUAUGCCAGUCGAUUUUCUUCCUUGAUGGAAAUUUUUGGUGUUCGAGAAUCGUUUGAGGCAGAGGAUAUUAUGCACGUGUUGUUUACAAUGAAGGAACAAUAUGGCGAGACACAGAUGCCUGCAGAGGAAUUGGCUUUAGUUUGCCGGAUGGCAAUGCUGUUUGAAAAUUGUCAUUAUAUUCCAACUGAAAAUCUCUACCUACCAGAUUCAAAGGGUUUCCUUUGUCACGUAAAUGAUUUGUGCAUUGAUGAUUUUGACUGGAUUACAACAACAGACUCAAUGAGAUUUUUAAAUGCUGCAAUACCUUUGAGCGUGGCACAAUUAACAGGAAUCAAGUCCAAAAGAGACCAGAGCAUUUUAAAUGAUUCUGAGGAGUUUGGUGAUGAAUUUGGACAACAUGAAGAACUCACAACUCGAAUCAGACGAAUUUUAGAUGGAUAUCCAGAGGCUUGUAUAUUAAAGGAACUUCUUCAAAAUGCUGAUGAUGCUGGUGCAUCAGAGCUGCAUUUUAUCAAAGAUUUUAGAUCACAUGGUACGAAACACAUUUUUAGCGACAAUUGGAAGGAAUUGCAAGGCCCGGCACUAUGUGUUUAUAAUGACAGUGUAUUCACUAAAACAGAUCUACAAGGAAUUCAGAACUUAGGAAUUGGAAGCAAAGCAGACGAUCCCACCGCUACAGGCCAAUAUGGUGUUGGAUUCAAUGUCGUUUACCAUCUCACUGAUGUUCCGUCAUUUAUUACCAGGGAUUUUAAAGCUGGAUUAGAUACUUUGUGUAUACUAGACCCUCAUCUGAAAUAUAUACCAAAUGCAUCUCCAACGAAACCAGGCCGAAAAUUUCAGGAUGCAACAAAAAAAGUGGGUACAAAAUUUACAGACAUCAUGUCUGGCUAUUUAGAUAACAGUGGCAUAUGGAAGUCAUUACGUGGUACUUUGUUUCGAUUUCCACUCCGCUGCAAUGACGAGUCCCUUCUAUCUCGGAGAAUAACUACUCGUGAAGGAUUGGAGACACUCUUGGAUGAGCUGAAAAAAGAAAUGGCCGAAUGUCUUCUAUUCUUAAACAAUGUGAGGGAAAUUUCAAUUUCAUCUGUAGAAAAAGACGGUAGUCUAAGGCAGGAAUUUAUUGUUAAGGCAGAAGUUUCGAUUGAAUCAUAUGAAAGGGUAAGGUUAAACCAGUUCGUACAAGAGGUUCGACAUCAAAUGAAGAAAAACGCAACUUAUGUCUGCAGUAUGGGUAGAAAAGAAAUUAUGUAUCAUUUGAAAGUCGAUGUUGACAACCAGUACACACAGGAAUGGCUGAUUGUUUCUGGAUUCGGUUUUAAAGAUGAAAAAAGAAUUCCAGAUAGAGUGAGAAAAGCAUAUGAGGAAAGACACCUAGCCUUAUUACCAAGUUCUGGUGUAGCAUUCAACCUGAUGAAUAAAAGAUUAAUCCAGAAUGAAGAUGGAACAAAAACUGUUUUUACACCAUUAGAUCUUUUCAAAGCAUACUGCUUCUUGCCACUACCACUCAUAACAGGUUUGCCAGUUCACAUCAAUGGGCAUUUUGCCUUGGAUCAUGAAGCACGUCGCAAUAUUUGGUGGCCAGAUGAUGCAUCAUCUGAUCUGAAACUAGCAUGGAACACAUGUCUGAUUGACAAUGUCAUUGUCCCAACUUAUAUUUCUACUAUUCAAUAUCUAAAAACUGCAUUGUUCCCAAAUAUUGAUACCAGAAAACCAUGGAGACAAUUGGAUAAAUUUCAUAAAGCAUUUCCAUGGAAGGCAAAGUUAAAGGACAAGGUUUGGGAAUAUAUGGCAAAGAUUUUAUAUAAUCAAAUUGCAGAAACAGGUUGUCCUGUAUUUCCAAUUGUACGGAGAGACUAUCAAAUGUUGAAAAUGGUAGAUGGAAAGGAUAAUGUGAACGAAAUGCAAAGAGAUAAGGAACAGGAGGUUAAGAGGACAGACAAACCAAUAUUACAAGAGGAGUUAUUGGAGAUUAGAUGGGUGUCUAUACUGUCAGGUUCAUUUCCUGCUUACUUCGAUGAAAUUAAGUACCAGCUGAAGGAUGAUUUUGUAAAGCAAAAUUAUGAUGGCUAUUACGGGCAGAGCUAUACGGAAUUAAUGCGUUGGGCAUCAAAACAAUCUGAAUUUCUCGCCGGUAUUUUAAAGGAUCUUGGGAUGAAGCUUAUCGAAUCACCAAUAUGGAUGUACAUGAGCAUGAAGAACGCAGGUGUCAAUGUACACACGGUAUCUCCAGAAGCCGUCUUGAAGUUCUUGAAAUCAUAUGGUUCCAGUGAUGUUGACAAGUGCAAUGUUUGUAAAGUAAAUGUGCACGUAACAGACACCAGAUUUGGAAGUAUUGAUGGGGUGUAUUUUCUCCUUGAUUACUGUUUGAAGGAUAAGAAUUUGGAUAGUGCGGAAUUUGAACACGUUCCUCUUCUUUUAACAGCAGAUGAGCAAAUUCGUGAGUUCACCACAAGGGAAAACAUGUACUUACUUUCGUUACCUGAAUUGUUACCUGCAUCUGCAAACAAAAUUGUACAUUUUUCACAGUUUGAUUUAUUUACAGAUUUUAAAGUGUUCGAAAGCUUUGUGUCACAUCUCCAAAUUAAAGAUUUUGCUAAUCUGAUUUAUGACAACAUUCCACAAAGAUAUUUAAGUGGAUUGGUACAGCCAUGGAAUCAGCAGGAAUUUGAUAUCCCAAACAUGAAGUGGAUAAAACAGUUUUGGUGCUUUCUCUCAGAAAAUUUAGGAUGUCUUGAACAUGAACAAAGGUUGACAAGAAUAAAGACAGAGACAAAAGGAAGCAAUGUGGAUUCCCCUGUAAAUAUACUAAGUAGCAGUAUAAGGAAGCAUUUAGCAGAAUGUUGUUUUCUCCCUGUCCUUGUGAAUGAUGAACACAAACUUUAUCCUUUCAAAGAUGGUAAACAUGUGUUGAAAAUAAUUUCUAAUGUUAGUGGACCUGAACAGACAGCAUUGACUUCACUGAAUGUACCAUUAGUAGAUGAAGAGUGUUUACCUUCUGUGGAAGAUGGGUAUUUUUCGGAAUAUCAUACUUUUGAAAUUCUGAAGUGUUUAGUGACAACAGUUGAAAGUGUCACAGAUGUAUUGGACUGUCUUUUAUUCAACAAAAGGCAUUUGCAUCUGGACAACGAUUCCUCUCAAUGUAUGCUGGAUUUCUUUGCCAAACGCCUUAAAAUCCUUAAAAAGGCAGAAAAAUGUCAAACCAAGCUCAGGUCUUUGCCCUUUUAUUGUGGAUUGAACAACAAUUUUAUUACUCUACCCAAAGGAACCAUAAUCGUGUUACCAGAGGAUGUUCCUGUUGAUGGCUUGGUUAAAUUUGGUUUGCAAAAAGAUAUCUUGUUCAUCAGAAAGAAUGACGUAUCAUUGACGUUGCUUGAAUAUCUGGGUUGUAUAGUGACAUCAAAAGCAAUAUUAUACAUUCAUUAUAUUCUGCCAUAUUUCCAAACCUUGCCAUCGACAACUGUUAUGAUCCACUUGAAAUAUAUCAAAGAUAUUGUUUUACCAGAAAUGAAUUAUUAUCAAGAUGAAGACUCCGAAAAGAAUUUGAAAGUAUUAAAACAAUUACUGCAAAAUAUUGCUUUUCUUCCGACAGAAUCUAAUCGAUUAGCACGUGCUUGUGAAUUCUUUAACCCACAUAAAGACAUUUUUAAGAUCGAAAACCAGCUUUGCAGGUCUUCCGAACUGCCUCCAGCUCCUUUUAAUGAACAAGAAUGGGAAGAUUUCCUCGUGCUUUGUGGAAUGAAAAGUAAUAUUACUCCAGAGAUUUUUCUGGAUUUUGCAAACCGGCUGCAAAGAUUGGGUAAAUCAGAACUAUUGCCGGUAGUAAUGACGAAUUCUAGACUUAUGAUGAAUAUAUUAUUUCAUGAAAACCCUGAGUUGUUGAACGAUUUUGACUUGGUGAGUAAAGUACAGGAAAUCAAGUUCCUUACCCCUCAUUCAGUACAACAAAUUUAUAUGACUAUAGCACCAGAGUUUGAAAAUGGAAAUAAAUUGGUUUGUUUUCGUAACUCAACUACGCCAACUAAUGCUCUCCUUGUCUGGUCAGUGAUGGGAAUCGUAUCAGAAGACCUGAUAAAUAUGAUGCGAAAAACAGAUAUAAUCACAGCAACAAAUACCUUGGGUCUUCUUGAACAUCCUCCCAUUCAUGUUGUGCUAGAUCACACAAGAGUUGUUUGCAGUGUCCUCAAAGAUCAGUUGGAAGAGCGUAUUGCAAGGAAUAAUGAUAUUGAAGAGGCGGUGACAACAAUGAUGAGUAAAAUCUACGGGUAUUUACAGAAGAAUACAAAUGAAGAGUCUAAAGAUAAGUUAAAAUCUAUUCCAUUUAUCUUUAUUAAAGACAGAAAAUUGCUUGUGUUGCCUGAACAAGUUGUGUUGGACAUUAGCGAAUAUGAGGAAAUUCCUCCAUAUCUGUGUAAAGCACCGUUGUACUUUGGUCAGUAUCAUACCAUGUUUGAGGUGCAUGGUGCAGCAAAAUCUUUAACAUGCAGUCAUUUGGCCAAAGUGUUGGAUAAGAUAUGGAUUAAAUCAAAGGGGAACAUUUUAGAACCAAACGAGAGAUACAGUGCAGAAAAAGCAGUGCAACUUUUGUUCUCGAAACUUAAGUUAGAGGAAGUAGUUGAUUUAAAGGUGUUGACUUUAUACCUACCAAGUAAGAAAGGGAACUUGCAACGCAGUGAUUCUUUGGUAUUUGUGGACCAUAAAUUUUUAGAACAAAGAAUCGGAGAAAAUAUGCCAGAUUUGGAUUUCUUUAUUGGAUUUAAAGAGUUGAAGAUUGAAGCACAUGAUCCGGUUCUGGAGAUAAGUCGACUUCCUGAGAAAUAUAGGCCACAUUUACUGUCAAAAAUUGUGAUUGAACAAUUAGACACGGAUUGUGAAGACUGGGUAAUUCCAUCUGAUUAUGGGAAACAACUUCAGAAAUUCUUGCAUUGUCCUGAGUUUGUAUUGGGAGUAUGUAGACUAGUUAGGGAUGAAUAUUACAAUAAUGACAAGAAUUUCGGGGAAAAAGAUAAUUUGGAAAUUUUGGAAAAACUUCAGUCAGUGGUUGUGGUUUGUGUUGAAAGACUAACAACAGUGAUGGCAUAUAAGAACAAAGCUUUACCUAAUACGGCAAUGCAGAGAGACGUAUUCUCAGCUCAAAGUUUGGAUGAAAAGGACUGUGAAAAAUUAUACAUAUAUUUUGGAGUAGCAAAAGAUUCAGAAAUAAAAACUUGGAUCAAUCGUAUUUCAAAGCAUUUAUCAACUAUCUUGAAUACAUAUCUUGGUAAACCUUUGAAAGAAAACAACAUUCACCUUCCAGAUGUAUUGAAAUGCAUUGGAGACCCAAGUGCCAUUGAAAUAGAGCUUGAUCAACAAGAGAUUCGAAAGAUUGAUGUGGGAAUAAUGACAAAUACUCUCCUAUUUAUGCCUGAACUUGGUUCAGAAAUCCCAAUAUCAUUACACCAUCUCUUAGAUAACUCUUGUACAUACAUUGAAUCUGGAACGUUUGUAGCAUAUGAAUUAUUUGACCCGAUUAUUGAUGAAGAUGAUACAUGUGAUGCAGAUCCUGUAUAUAUACUUGCCAAAGUGCUGCAAUUGAUAUCUGAUCACACAAAAAGUUGUCCAAAUGCUGAUGAGUGGAAUAUCCUCUACAUUAUAGACAUAGGGAGUGAAAAUGCAAUUGAAGCUGUUGCAUCUAGUAUAUAUAAGUUUUUCCGGAACGAUGAUAAUGAUAGAAGUGUUGAUGUAGUAGAUGGUGCUGUUGUGUUCAGGUGGAAAACAGAUCAAAUAAAGAGUUAUAUCAGGGAUGUUCUAAGAAAUGCCUUCAGAAGAACACAUCGGGAUUUCAAAAGAGCAAUUAAACGACUUCUCCUUCAAUAUCAUCCAGACAUGCAUCAAGAGAACCAGGAUUAUUUUAAUGAGUUGACCGUUUUCAUAUUCUUCAUAAAAAAAAGGUUAGAGGAAGGCAAGUCCGUCGAUGAUGUUGAUAUUUUCGAAAACUUCAAUAAUAUUUCACAUUCGCCCGCAUCUGAAUUUGAAAAAACGUGUAACCGUCGUGCGGCAAAUUAUGUUAGAAGAAAGAAGGAAUAUAAGUCUGGAGGACUAGGAGGAGGAGGGAGAUCAAGCUUUUUCAGAGAUUUUAUUGUGAAGGGACCUCAACCAGGACAGGCCAUGCGGUGGUUUCGACAAGCAGAAUUUGACUUCCUAGCUACCUCUACAGAUAAAAACCAACCUAAUGCAUACAACUGGGCAUGCUACAAGUCCCAUCAGUCUGCAGAAAAAGCCCUUAAAGCACUGUUGUAUCAAAGGGAUGCAGACCAAGUAGAUCGCGUUCACAAUUUAGCUGCACUGGUUCAAGGACUUAAUGAUUUUGAACUCUCUGGACUUGCCCGUCAAUUGGAAGGAAUAACUGGCAAUUAUUUCCGAAUGCGAUAUCCAGAUGCUGUUCCAGGGGGGCACGGCAAGGCUACUCCCUCUGAUAUUUACACCCCAAAUCAAGCUGAAGAAGCUGUUGAAAUCGCAGGAAAAAUUCUGGAACUUGUGAGAAGAAAGAUUCCAUAUCUUUAACAAAAAUGGAAACCAAGAAGACAUGAUGAUCAAUAUGCUUAAAAUGCCGGGGAAUUAACAACAUGGUGUACCAACAAAUUUAACUACAU